CUUCCGGUCAUUAGGGCCAAAUUCGAAUUUUAUAUAUUUUAAAAUUUUCAAUUUGACCCCAUUUCUUUGCCGUCGCCGCCCGCCGGUCAAAGUCGCCGGAAAAUGAACUUUUUCCGAUUCCGGCGGGACCAAUGUCAUUCUCUUCGUCUUGAGACGAGGAUCAAUAAUAUCCAAACCAUUUUGUCUAAUUUGGCCUGUAACUUCUCGAAUCUGAAUUUUUCUACUCGAAAAAACCCUAAAAUUCGAAAUUGGAUCCAAAAUUGGGGGUUUUGCAAAUCUUCAUCAAAUCUUGCAAUUGAGGGGUCCUUGGAGGUCGCCCGGAUGCCACGACCGCAUUGGCGUUGGUGCCCGCCAUCAAUUUCGCCGGAGUUGGCCGGAAAACGCUCCGACCCGCCGGCGGUUUCCGGCGGGUCGGAGCGUUUUCCGGCUAAAUUUCUGGAAAGUUCUAUUGUGGUUGUUGACUUGUUGAUUGGAGAAACACCAGCAAAGCCCAUAUAUAGCCCAAGCAGGAGGCCCGAACUGAAUGGAGAAACUGAAAAUGUCAAAGCGGGCCAUGUCUUCUCUCUCACUCUCAUCAUGGUUGUGGCCGCUUCAUUCGCUCGGUGUUCUGCUUGGGUUCUUCAAUUCAGGUCUUCAACCAAAUAUUCGAACUCAUGAUGAUUAGAAACACGAUAUGUUUCAUACCAAUUAUGCUCAAGGCUCGAAGGAAAACUCUCAUCUACACUGGACGUGAAAGGUGUGGUAGAGUAUACUCCGUAUUAUUUUAUUUUUGUUUUUUGGCCUUCAAUCAGAAGUUCGAUUUUUUUUUUUGUUGGAAGAGGUUCUGUCUCUAUAAAGAUUUGAAAUUUAU